AUUCUAGUCUUGCAAAUGUAGUGAAACCAAGUGCUUGGAGUUGAUUUGCUCAAGAAGAGCAGAGAAGAAAGAGGACAUUAAAUGAAAAAAAGCAAGAAAGCUCUGUAGCUUUUUUUCCUGAUAGUAGCAGUGUUCCAGAGGGAAAAUGAUUCCUCCGAGCAGCACGGCUGAAGUCAGCGUGGAUAGUGUGGAGAAAGAGAAUGAAGUGGAGCAGCCCCCCUCUCCAGCAUCAACUACCAGCCAGGAAUCAAAGCUGCAGAAACUGAAACGGUCCCUCUCCUUCAAGACCAAAAGCUUGAGGAGUAAAAGCGCAGACAAUUUCUUCCAGAGGACUAAUAGCGAUGUGAAACUGCAAGUAGACUUGAUGCCUGAGGUCAGCACAAGCACCGGGCAGCUCCCCAGCUCAGAGAGCCAGACGUCCUCCCCCACCAGAGCCCAGCAGCUGCCAGAAAACAACAAGGCUCACAUCUUCCAGGAGCACAUCUUCAAAAAACCCACCUUCUGCGACGUCUGCAACCACAUGAUUGUUGGGACAAACGCGAAGCACGGCCUGCGCUGCAAGGCCUGUAAGAUGAGCAUCCACCACAAGUGUGCAGACAGCAUCGGGCAGCAGCGCUGCAUGGGCAAGCUGCCAAAGGGGUUUCGACGGUACUACAGCUCACCACUGCUCAUUCAUGAACAGUUUGGCUGCAUCAAGGAAGUGAUGCCUAUUGCCUGUGGAAAUAAGGUUGACCCUGUGUAUGAAACUCUCCGCUUUGGGACUUCCUUGGCUCAGAAAACUAAGAAGGGCAGUUCUGGAAGUGGGUCUGACUCUCCCAACAGAAACUCUACAGCUGACCUGGCAGAAGUUCCUGAGGAAGGUGAUAGCUCUGCAGGCACCCUUGACAUCAGCAGGAAACGCAGCAACAGCGUGUUUACAUACUCUGAAAAUGGCACAGAACACUUUGGAGAAGAACCAAAAAGCAUACAUUCCCCGGGACCCUUUUAUAAAAGCACGUUGCAAAUGAACACCUAUGUUGCCUUGUACAAAUUUGUACCACAAGAAAAUGAAGACUUGGAGAUGAGGCCAGGGGAUAUGAUCACCCUGCUGGAAGACUCCAAUGAAGACUGGUGGAAGGGGAAAAUUGAUGACAGAACUGGAUUUUUUCCUGCUAACUUUGUUCAAAGAGUGCAACAAGAUGAGAAGAUUUACAGGUGUGUCAGGACAUUCAUUGGCUGCAAGGAACAGGGGCAGAUAACUCUGAAAGAGAAUCAGAUUUGUGUGACUUCUGAGAAGGAACACGACGGCUUUAUCAAAGUAUACAGCGGGAAGAAGAAAGGCUUUGUCCCCAUAGACGUCCUGGAAAACAUCUGAUGCCAACAGCCCACUCGCUGCAGUAGGAGCCCUUUUGUCGGCGAUGCCUGUCUGCCUCAUCUCACACUGUGUCAACCCAGAUGGGCUGUCUUGCAGAUGUUCAGGGAAAUAGAAAACUGCAACUAGAGGAGGGGGGGAAAAAAAAAAGACAUUUAGACUAAGUGGGAUGUUUGAAAGAAAAGCGCUAGGGAAAUGAGAGGCCCUUGGAUACGGGAAUAAGGUAAGGGGGGAGAAAAGGAUGACAACAACAAAUAGCCUGGGCUGGUUUCUAAGGUGCAAGAUGACUGUUCCAACCCUGAUGGAGACAGACAGCUUGUUCUGAAGGACUCAACUCACGUCCUCUCCUUGUGUCUUAGAAAACCGUUGGACUGCUUCGUUGUUUGAGGUGUGUAUUUAGGGGGGAGGGGGAGGGAAAAAUGCCAUUCAAACAGUCCUCGUACUACAGUCCAAUGCUUGUGGUAAAGUGUGGCUGUGGUUCUACAGCUUUGUCCCCAGCGUCAACGGGUCAGUUUAAACGUUUAGUCCUGGUGUUUGUCUCAUUGAAAACAAAAAGCUGUUUGGAGACACCACGUUGGAGAAACGCACUGUGCCCUGGAAGGUGGCAGCUUUCCCUUUCUGUGCAGCCUUCCCACAUGAAGGAGUGGCAAACCUCUGUGUGUGUGUGUGUGUGUCCUUUCUUGUCUCUGUACAGGAGCAAAAGCUCUCAGCCUGUGUUGGGUGUGAUGGCUGCUGUCAUAGCUCACAAAAACAGCCGGCCCUCUGAUUCACGAGCCUGCUUGGAAGCGUCCCUCUUUGUUUCCUGCACUUUUACUUGGUGAUACAGAAAAGGGGUGAGAUGCUGGGAGAGAGGCCCAGGCUUUGAAACCUUUUUAUAUUUUUCUGUGUCAAUUGCACUUAACAAGAUUUUAUAUCUAUUAAUCCUAUUUAUACAAAAGAAGAAAACAGUUAACCCCUCUGAAGACUGAAAACGCUAGGGCAGGGCAGGCUGCACCUACAGGUGGAGUCUGUGAUUGCCAAGAUGCAGAACUUGGGACAGAAAGGCACUAAGUGUCUUAGCAUUGUGUUCACACACCAAAGGCACUGUCUAUUAUUUAUUUGCUAAAUAAAACUUGUGCAGACUCAGCAGCAAACACACUGACACGAAUUCCCCCUCGGCGUAAACCACCGCCAGCAUCCCGUCAAUCUGCUCCAUCCUAGUGAGGCUGCGCAGGCAGCUCCGUGCGAGCCUCCAUCUUCAAACAAACUGUGGGCAUAGCAACCUUUUGGUACCUGGAGAGCUGACUGUGAGACCUUGUGGAUCUUGACCAAAUUACUAGGAGCCAGCCAGUGCCAAUCCUGCUGUAGAGCAGGGGCCUUAAUGAUGUUUAAAGACAGGGGACUUAGUUUCCAAGUAUGUAAUUGGAUGUAAUUGCACCAAAUCAACUUAUACAGCUUAGCAUGUAUUAUGACAUAGAGAUCAAGUCCUACCCAGAAGCUCCCUGCUGAACUCAUGCCUUAUUUGACCAGCCUGAGACCGAGUGCCAGUCUUUACUGGGUUUAACCCCAAACUGAUGGCCUAAAUCCCAGUAAUGCAACAAGAAAUUCCCAUGCCGCCAGGCUAGCAUUGGCCUUUGUAAAGUUGCCAGUAGUUCUAAAAAGCCGGCUACCAGUCUCACUUCCAUAUUCUGAGUCAGCUUGAAUCUGUGUGGCACAGCCCUGGCCUCAAGGGUUGGGCUGCCCUGUUUGAAUAGCUGAUCCUACUCAAAGCCUUACGGAAUCAAGUGCAGCUCUACCAGGAGCUCCCAGGGCAGAUCAGUCUUUGACCUCACAGAGAUGCAUUUUGCAGCUCUCAUCAGUUGCAGAGGGAGGGAGUUGCAGGGGUGUCCACUGCUGGAACGUGGCCCUUCAUGAUGCAAGCGGUCUGUACCAAUCAUUAAUGUCAGGUGUCCUCCUGGAUGGUCAAAAGUGGAUGAUUUCAUAUCUCCUGUGGGAAUAUCAUCCCUUUAUAAGUGGGGUUUAUAUCUUUUCUUUCAGUUCAAACAACAAACAUUCCCUCAGCUCAUUUUCCUAAGUAACCAAUAAACUCAGUGGGAGGAGAGAGGGUUCUGACAAGCCUUAAAGAUCGGGAGGAGAAGCAGUAGAGACACACUGACCUGCUCUGGUUGAUGAGUGUUGGGGUGGUUUCGUGUUUCUAUUCACCCAUUCAAAGGCAAAACCUCAAGUGUUUGUUAAGAGUUUAACAUCCUUGCUACAUUUGAUCAGACCUGUAGGGGUGGGCAAAGGAAAUCUGUAUUGAUCUAUACAUAUGUGCUGUUGUUUACACAAGUGCAUCAUACUGUGAUUCCCUCCCAUUUCAGUCUUCUGCAGUUUCAGUUUAUCCCUACAAUGUGCAUCGUACUAUUCAAAGAGUUAUAUGAAGAUGACCUACGACUCACAAUGGCCUUUAAUCAAUGUCAGUCUGAUUCCUUUUGAUACUGAGCAAUAAAUAAUAAAGUGACUGAGUCAAAACGAAGCAGACUUCAUGUGGACUGCAUUACAUCAGAGAAAGCAUUGCUUCUGAACCAAAGCUUUCGUGGUUACCUUUUCUCCGUGGUGGGGGGGUUUUCUUUUCUCUUUCCACUGGGCUUUUGCUGCUGUUUGACAUGUAAUGUGUGAUUUAUGCCUGAUUUAGCAGGGAGCACAUACGUGUGUCUUACUUCAAGCAUGUGAUUCGUUGGCUAUUUGCAUGCUUCAAGUUGAAGCACUUUGCUGGAUUAAGGUGGUUUUCCUCAAGUUCAUUUCGGAUGCCUUACUCUGAAUUGAAACAAGUAGCCCAUCAUUUGGGGUUUUUUUUCCCUAUCAUAUGCAGUUCACAAUAGAUACUGCGUCAACAAGCAGUUAAGAGUCAGACAGAAGAUGGAAAUGGACUUUACCUGACAUGCAUUCAGAGCAAAUGAAUC